UCAAACCAAUAGCAACGGUGCGUGAUAAAGUGUGUGACAGAUAUCAUUAUUCUCUGUUCAGUUAAUUUCAUUUAUUGUAAAUUAUAUGGAUCGUGCAUUUGAAGUUAAAUUCAACACUAUGUCCAUAGUCCAAAAUGCCUAGAGAACGACGUGCGAACAUCGGCCGCCGCACAAGACAUGCAAGCCAGCAACAAGUCUAUUCAAGGAACUUAAGAGAAGAAAGACAAAAUAUAAUAAGAGAAAAUGACCGAUUGAGACAUCGCGUGAGCACACGAAGAUCAUUGGCAUCAUACAAUCGCUUGGCAUUCCAAUAUGAUCCCACUGCGAACUACAGUGAUGAUGAAAAUUUGGAUAUUGGACGAAUGACGACUAUAUGCCGAUAUUGCAAUGCGGUAAAGUUCAAAAGAGAAACGGUUGGAUUGUGCUGCGCAAGUGGAAAAGUCAAACUGGAUCCAUUACUUACACCACCACAGCCACUGAAAACAUUGUUUGAUGGAAGUGAUCCCGAUUCCAGCCAUUUUCUUCAACACAUCCUUGAAUACAAUAACUGCUUUCGCAUGACUUCCUUUGGAGCUAAUAUCAUUCGAGAAGGCGGCUUCAUGCCGACUUGCAAGAUACAAGGUCAAAUAUAUCAUUUGCAUGGUUCAAUGGUGCCAACACCAGAUGAACCGCAUCAAUUGCAAAUAUAUUUCAUUUCGUCGAUGGUGGAUCAGCUGAACGUGCGGUGCAAUAUACAGGGAGCACAACAGUUAAAGAGACGAAUUAUUGAACAGUUGCAAGCAUUUUUUCACGCUAAUAAUGCUGUGGUUAAUAUGUUCAAAACAGCAUUGGAACGAAUGCCAUCGGAUACGCACAAAUUCGUCAUAAGAGCGGAUUGUACUCCGACAGGUGAACAUGUGCGAAGAUUCAAUGCACCCACCGUUAAUGAUGUUGCUGCAAUUAUUGUUGGCGAUCCAACUAAAUCACGAGACAUUGUCGUUCAGCGAAGAAGCAAUAUCAUGCAUCGUGUAAACGAGACACAUCGUUUGUACGAUGCGUUACAAUAUCCAAUCAUUUAUUGGCAAGGGCAAGACGGAUACGACAUCACGUUGAAGAUGGUCGAUCCAAUUACAGGAGUAUCAACGAAUAAUAAAAAUCUAAGCGCAAUGAAUUACUAUGCGUAUCGUAUGAUGAUUCGUACACAUGAGGAGAAUGUCAUUCUGAAGUGCGGUCGGCUAUUCCAGCAAUUCGCUGUUGACAUGUAUGUCAAAGUCGAGACCGAACGUUUAGCGUUCAUCAGAUUCAAUCAGCCAAAGCUACGAUCUGAGGACUAUAUACACUUGCGUGAUGCUAUUCAUUCAGAUGGUGAUGUUCAGAAUAUUGGACGACUGACGAUUCUCCCAUCAACUUAUAUCGGAAGCCCACGCCACAUGCACGAAUACGCUCAAGACGCUAUGACGUACGUGCGAAAUUAUGGAACUCCGGAUUUAUUUAUUACGGUCACAUGCAAUCCGAAGUGGACGGAAAUUGAACGCGAGUUGGAACCGGGUCAAAAACCGCAAGAUUGCCAUGACAUAAUCGCCAGAGUAUUUCAGCAAAAACUCAAGGUUAUGAUGGAUGUGCUUACUAAGUAUCGAGUUUUUGGUGACACACGUUGUUAUAUGUACUCGGUGGAAUGGCAGAAGCGUGGACUACCGCAUGCUCAUAUCCUAAUUUGGUUGCUGAACAAAUUACAUUCAAAUGAAGUGGAUGACAUCAUAUCAGCUGAAAUUCCUGAUCCAGUCACUGAUCCCCGUCUACACGACAUUGUGACGACACAGAUGGUGCAUGGACCGUGCGGUGCAUUAAAUCCAUUAUCGCCUUGCAUGGCUGAUGGAAAGUGCACAAAACGAUAUCCGCGACCGUUAGUUGCUGAAACAGUCACAGGGAACGAUGGAUAUCCAGUUUAUCGUCGGCGUUCAAAAGAAGAUAACGGUCGAACUAUCAAAGUUAAAGUUCAAAAUCAAGAGAUUGAGAUCGGAAAUGAAUUCAUUGUACCAUAUUGCCCGCUGCUAUCACGAAUUUUCGAAACACAUGCAAACGUUGAGAGUUGUCAUUCGGCCAAAUCAAUCAAAUAUUUGUGCAAGUACGUCACAAAAGGCAGCGACAUGGCUGUGUUUGGUAUUGCGUCGGAAAAUGUGAAUGACGAAAAAUUUACUCUUUCGGUAAAGAGACUUAUGCCGAAUUUCAUUGAGGCAACCAUUAUUAACGGAAAGUACGCAGGUGAAAAUGUAUGUAUUCCUCGAAUACCAAUGAUUCCGACUGAUCUUCCGUUUGACUUCAAACGAUUGCAAUUCCCAGUUCGCCUUGCGUUCGCAAUGACAAUUAAUAAGUCGCAAGGCCAAUCGCUUAGUGUUUGCGGGAUAAAUUUGGAAAAUCAUUGUUUUUCACAUGGACAGUUAUACGUUGCGUGUUCACGAGUUGGGAAACCAUCCGCUUUGUUUGUGUUAACGUCAGACCAAAAAACAAAAAAUGUGGUUUACCAAAGAGCACUACAAUGA